CACCGACUAACUGUAAAUAACUUACUUAAUUCAUUGAAAAAAUAAACUAAUUUAGGGUACCUGAGUACUGACAGUUAAUAAAUCCAGAGUAGUUGAGAGCAUAUUAAGUAUGGUAGGGACAGAAACGAUGUGGGUGAAAACGCACGAGGCGUUAAACAAUUUCAUGGCAACACUCGCCUGCGGAAAAUGCAAUCAGAGAUUAAGAAAUCCACAGCAGUUUUUAAAUUGUGGGCACUAUGCAUGUGCCAAAUGUAUUGGCAAAGAAACCAACUGCGUAGCUUGCCACAUUCCUAGCGAAGUAACAGAAAUAUAUGCUGAUCGAGAAAUUAAUGAUCUGUUAAACAGUUUAAAUGUUAUUGCUGAGGCUGUUGGUCUGAGCUUUGAGGACCAUAAUGAUUAUGAAGCUUCAGAAAGUAUAUCAGCUACGUCAACCAGUGAUAAAAACAUAAGUAAAAAAAAGGGACCAAAAAAACAAACUUCCAAAGGUAAAGAUAUUAAUGAGACAAUGAAUACUUCUAUUUGCGAAUCUAAUGCAAGUAGAAGUACUUUCAAUAUUCCAAAGAAUAUUAACAAGAAAAACAAUCAAGGGGAAACACCCUUGCACAUUGCCUGUCGUAAUAACCACGAAGAAAAAGUAAAAUUACUGUUAGAAAAAGGAGCAAAUCCAAACACCAAAGAUAAUGCAGGCUGGACUCCUCUGCAAGAAGCCGCGAGUUAUAACUUUUAUAAUGUUUGCGAAACACUUUUGAAAGCUGGUGCUUCUCCUAACAUGAUUGGUUUUGAUAAUAGGACUGCAUUACAUGAGGCUGUAAUUGUUAACGACUUGGAAUUAGUGUCCCUACUCAUAAAUCAUAAAGCAAGCAGAGAUUUAUGUGAUAAAGAAGGAAAAAAACCAAAAGACUAUAGUAAAUCAAAAGAGAUGGUCCAGUUUUUCAAAACUUUAAAGGAUUCUAAUAACAAGGAAGAAUCAUCUAAUGAUGUAACAAAAAUUAUUGAUAAAACAUUAGAUCCAGUGGGCAAUGGAAAAAUUGUUUUGUAUGGCUCUAAUUUAAAACUAUCAAGUCGUAAACAGCUAAUCAAAUUAAGUAAUGAAAAAAGAAUAAAAGUCGUCAAUAAUUUUAGUCUAUCUGUUAGUCACGUGAUCAUUGAUGCAGAGGAUGAUGACAACAUAACACUGACAUUUGACGUGCUACUGACUAUUUUACAUGGAAAAAAAUUUUUAAACAGUGCUUGUUUACCAAUCCUCUUGGAUAAUGAAAAUGUUUAUUCAAGUCAACUGAGCAUUUUUGAAAUAAAUCCCCAACAAUUAGAUAAUGGUCCUUUGCGCGCAAGGGAUAAUAUGGAGAAGCAGAAUCCAAAGUUGUUCAACAAUUGUUUCUUUUUCUUCGCUAUGAAGAGCACCGACUCCAUCAAAUAUGAUGGGGUCUCGUUUACGAAAGAAAAUCUGUCGACGUUAGUUGCCGCUGGUGGAGGCACAAUAAUGACAAGGGAGCCCAGACCAGAAGAUAUUCAAGGCUUACUAACGCCCUUUCAUACAGCACACGACCCAAGUCAUUCUUUGCAUAAAUGUACUCAUUAUAUUAUUUACAUUCCGGACAAUGAUGAUGUACAUUCGAACUCAAAUCGACUCAUUUAUAAUAUGCGAUGCCUUAAAUCUUUGCCAUUGAUGUGGUUUAUCGAAUCCAUACUACGGUAUAAGUUAUUAGAUCCCGUUGACAUGGGUCUUAUAACACAGUAGUUGUAAGUAGGUAAGAAUUAAGUGUUAUUUUUAAGUGUUAUUAAGUUACGCUACGA